AUGAGUAGAUUUGGGACUUUGUUUCGCGUGACCACUUACGGUGAGUCGCAUUGCAAGUCCGUCGGGUGCAUCGUAGACGGAUGUCCACCAGGACUACCACUGGUUGAGAGUGAUAUUCAGAAACAGUUGAACAGAAGGCGCCCUGGACAAAGUAACUUGACAACACCGCGCGACGAAAAGGAUCAAGUGACAAUACUAUCAGGAACAGAAUUUGGCGUGACGCUGGGCACUCCAAUCGGUUUAUCGGUUCCUAACCAAGAUCAACGACCGCACGAUUAUACCGAAACUGACUUCUAUCCAAGACCAAGCCAUGCUGAUUGGACUUAUCUGCAGAAAUAUGGCGUAAAAGCUAGCAGCGGAGGUGGUAGAGCAUCUGCCAGGGAAACAAUCGGUCGCGUGGCUGCUGGUACUAUUGCCGAAAAAUACUUGAAAAUGGCUUACGGAGUAGAAAUAGUUGCUUUCGUAUCUUCGGUGUCAAGCGUGAAAAUGCCGUUUCUUGAGAGUGAUGGUGAAGACCUGUUUUCUGACGAUUUCGCGCAAUUUUUGAAUUCCGUUACGCGUGAUGAUGUUGAUCAACAUAUUGUAAGAUGUCCCGACAAGGAUGUUGCUGAUAAAAUGAGAGAGCGUAUUCUUGAAGCGAAAAGUAAAAGUGAUUCGGUUGGCGGAUCAAUAACAUGUGUCGUUCGUAAUGUUCCGCCUGGGCUUGGGGAACCAUGCUUUGAUAAAUUGGAGGCUGUGCUAGCCCAUGCAAUGCUUUCUCUCCCAUCUACCAAAGGAUUUGAGAUCGGUAGCGGGUUUCGAGGUACCACGUUGUUUGGCCAUCAGCAUAAUGACCCGUGGGUAAUGGGAGCAGACGGAAAACUGGGAACAAAGACAAACCGUUCCGGUGGUAUUCAGGGUGGUAUCACCAAUGGAGAACAUAUAUAUUUCAGAGUAGCAUUUAAACCACCGGCUACAAUAUCUCAACCACAAAAUACAGCCACGUAUGAUGGUAAAGACGGCGUUCUUGCCGCUCGUGGUAGGCAUGAUCCGUGCGUACUACCAAGAGCAGUGCCAAUUGUUGAAGCAAUGACAUCGUUGGUGCUUAUGGAUGCCGUGUUGAUCCAACAGGCUCGCCAUACUGCAAGAAAACUCUUGCCGCCUAUAACAACUCUGCCGCCUACUAUGUUGGGAGCUGUUACCAAAUUGGACAAGAAUGAACAAGAUGACGAAUGA